GGGGAGCGACGGUGAGGCUCCUGCCCCCUCCCCCUGCGCACGCCCCGGCCACCCGGCCUGGCCUUCUCUCCGCGCCACGCUCCGCGGCCCGGACCAUGCGUCCUCGUCUCACGGGGCGCCCGACUCCGGCGCCUCUGGUCGCCUUCCGCCAGCCCCGGCCGGGCCUCAGACUCCCUACGCCCCGCGGGCCCUUCCUUUUUGUAGUGCAGUUCAGUGCGAGGGGAGGGAGACGGGAUUGGAGCCGGUGUCUGGGAAGACGCGGCUUCCCGAGGUUUGGGUCACCUGGGGAUGUGUUCUCGUGGGUCCUGAUGGAGACUGACAGGCUUGCGGAGCCUCCCGAGUGAUGAGCGGCAGAACUUGCUGAUUGCCGGAGUUUCCCAAAGUGAUACACUUCAUCCGGUCUCUGGGGCUCAGAGACUCAUUUAAUUGUCCACUUUGAAUCGACCAUUUCCCCGGGAGUUAGCUUUCCAGUUAUGAAUGAGCUGUGGAUAGUAUAUUUUAUCGUAGCUGUUGUGGCUUCCAGUUUUUUUUUUUUUUUUAAUAUACAGAAGGAACGUCCUGGGACCUGACUAAUCUUGGGAAAGAUUUCAAGUAAAAUUUACUCCGUUAAAUAGGGGCAGGUGUAAACAUAUCUCUGAUUUACAUUUCAAGAGAUAACAGUGGCACCAAAAACCUCCUUUGAGUUUGGACAAGUGGCACUAAGACGACCUUAGAUACUGCUGCUCCUAAUAGAAUGAUGGAGUGAAAACAGAGGUGUGAACGAUUUGCAGAAUUAUUUAGAAAUAAAAUGCAGGAGCCUUUUAAGAUUCACCAUUGAAGAUUGUAUCAUUUAGUUUCAGUACUAAGCACCUGUAGUGUUAAUGCACUUGAGAUAAGUUUUUGAAGACAUAUGAGGUUGCACACAUUGCACUAUUGGGAGAAGAAGAAGUUGGCAUUUGGUUAAAUACAAUCUAUCUGCUCGUGACAACUGAGCUGUUCAAGGCAGGAAGAACUCUGAGCUGAAUAGUAGUGGGUCCCUGAAUCUGGAGAGAAGAGGCCACCUUGGAACCAGCAAUGAACCAUCCUGACUACAAACUGAACCUUCGGUCUCCAGGGAUCCCCAAAGGUGUGUCCUCUGUGGUUGGCCCGAAUGCUGUUGGUGCUUCGCCAGGUGACAAAAAGUCAAAGAACAAGUCCAUGCGAGGGAAGAAAAAGAGCAUAUUUGAAACCUACAUGUCCAAGGAGGAUGUUUCAGAAGGCUUGAAGAGAGGAACGCUUAUCCAGGGUGUAUUGAGAAUCAAUCCAAAGAAGUUUCAUGAAGCCUUCAUUCCUUCUCCGGAUGGUGAUCGGGACAUUUUUAUUGAUGGAGUUAUUGCUCGUAAUAGAGCCUUAAAUGGGGACCUUGUGGUUGUAAAACUGCUCCCUGAGGACCAGUGGAAGGCAGUUAAAACAGAAAGCAAUGACAAAGAAACAGAAGCUACUUCUGAAGCUGACAUCCCCGAGGAGUGCUGUGGACACCAGCCCCUACAGCAGUCCCCCAAAGACUGGAGUGGUCCUGAUGUCAUCAUAGAGGCUCAGUUUGAUGACAGCGACUCAGAAGAUAGACAUGGCAACACCAGUGGACUGGUUGAUGGUGUUAAGAAAUUGUCAAUCUAUACUCCUGACAAAGGAAAAGAAGAUUCUGGUGUUCCAGUUAUGAAAGAUGAGAGCACCCCCGCAGCACAGGACACAAGAGCCUUAUCAGAGAAGUCACUCCAGAAAUCAGCAAAGGUGGUUUACAUCUUGGAGAAAAAGCAUUCCAGAGCAGCAACCGGCAUCCUGAAACUCUUGGCUGAUAAGAACAGUGACCUAUUUAAGAAAUAUGCCCUGUUUUCUCCUUCAGACCACCGAGUACCUAGAAUUUAUGUACCUCUCAAGGACUGUCCCCAAGACUUCAUGACUCGAUCUAAAGACUAUGCCAACACACUGUUCAUCUGCCGCAUCAUAGACUGGAAGGAGGACUGUAAUUUUGCCCUGGGGCAACUGGCUAAGAGUCUUGGGCAGGCUGGUGAAAUCGAGCCUGAAACAGAAGGGAUCCUGACAGAAUAUGGUGUGGACUUCUCUGAUUUCCCUUCAGAAGUUCUUGAAUGUCUCCCUCAAAGCCUGCCCUGGACAAUUCCACCUGAUGAAGUGGGCAAGAGAAGAGACCUAAGAAAAGAUUGUAUCUUCACCAUUGACCCAUCAACUGCUCGAGACCUUGAUGAUGCCCUCUCCUGCAGGCGGCUCACUGACGGCACCUUCGAAGUGGGCGUCCACAUCGCCGAUGUGAGUUACUUCGUUCCUGAGGGAUCCUUUUUGGAUAAGGUAGCUGCUGAGAGAGCCACAAGUGUCUACUUGGUCCAGAAGGUGGUCCCCAUGCUCCCCAGGCUUCUUUGUGAGGAACUCUGCAGCCUCAACCCCAUGACUGACAAGUUGACCUUCUCUGUGAUCUGGAAGCUGACCCCUGAAGGCAAGAUCCUUGAGGAGUGGUUUGGCCGCACUAUCAUCCGUUCUUGCACCAAAUUGAGCUAUGACCAUGCCCAGAGUAUGAUCGAAAAACCGACUGAGAAGAUCCCCAAGGAAGAGCUUCCCCCUAUUUCUCCAGAGCACAGCGUCGAGGAGGUGCACCAGGCAGUCCUGAACCUGCACAGCAUUGCAAAGCAACUACGCCGCCAGCGCUUUGUAGAUGGUGCACUCCGUUUAGAUCAGUUGAAGCUCGCUUUUACUCUGGACCAUGAGACUGGAUUGCCUCAAGGAUGCCAUAUCUAUGAGUACCGAGACAGCAACAAGCUUGUAGAGGAGUUCAUGCUCCUGGCCAACAUGGCAGUGGCCCACAAGAUCUUCCGCACCUUCCCUGAGCAGGCCCUGCUGCGCCGGCAUCCCCCACCACAGACGAAGAUGCUCAGUGACCUGGUGGAGUUCUGUGACCAGAUGGGGCUACCCAUGGAUGUCAGCUCUGCAGGGGCCCUAAAUAAAAGCCUGACUAAAACAUUUGGAGAUGACAAGUACUCUCUGGCCCGGAAAGAAGUGCUCACCAACAUGUACUCCCGGCCCAUGCAGAUGGCACUGUACUUCUGCUCUGGGAUGCUGCAGGACCAGGCACAGUUCCGGCAUUAUGCUCUCAACGUUCCCCUCUACACACACUUCACCUCUCCCAUCCGCCGCUUUGCUGACGUCAUAGUGCACCGCCUCCUGGCUGCUGCUCUGGGCUACAGUGAACAGCCAGAUGUGGAGCCUGAUAUCCUCCAGAAGCAAGCUGACCACUGCAAUGACCGUCGCAUGGCUUCCAAGCGUGUGCAGGAGCUCAGCAUCGGCCUCUUCUUCGCAGUUCUAGUAAAGGAGAGCGGCCCCCUGGAGUCUGAAGCCAUGGUGAUGGGUGUCCUGAAUCAAGCUUUUGACGUGCUGGUGCUGCGCUUUGGGGUGCAGAAGCGCAUCUACUGCAAUGCACUGGCUCUGCGAUCCUACCACUUCCAGAAGGUGGGGAAGAAGCCAGAGCUUACUCUCAUUUGGGAGCCUGCUGACCUUGAAGAGGAGCCAACACAGCAGGUCAUCACCAUCUUCAGCCUGGUGGAUGUGGUCCUGCAGGCAGAGGCCACAGCCCUCAAGUACAAUGCUAUCCUGAAGAGACCAGGCCCCGAGCAUUCCCAGGACCUGGAGAAGGAGUCUGAUGAGGAGCCUGAGGACUGAAUGCUAGCCCGAGCCAGGCCUGUGCCUGCCCUACCCUGCUGGCUUUUAGGAAUAGGACCUUUUGACACCAAAGGGGAUUUUUAAUUUGGUUUUUAACAACUCAGGGGUUUGCUUUUAUUUUUUCCAUUUCAUUUUACUUUUGCAGCUCAGUUUUUAAAUGAACUGGAAGGUUAGGGGGUCAGGGCAGGGAGUGCUGAGACCUAACCAGUACUUCCCUGAGCUAAGAGAAUCCCAGUCCUUCUGGGCAGGCAGCCCCGCUUCUACCAGGCGACCCACUGCCCUUCCCUGCCCAGGAAAUGGGGGGUGUCAGCAAAUCAGUGUCAUGGAAUAAAAUCAAGUGUGAA